AUGGCGGAUCAGCAGGCAGAGGUGCAGCUCGCGCAGAGGUUAGCCUCCAACGAGAAACCCGUCCGGACCCGAGCCAUGAAGAAGCUCCGGAAAUACGUCAGCCUGAGGUCACAGAAAGGUGAGUUCUCAGGUGAGGAGCUGCUCAAACUGUGGAAGGGUCUCUUCUACUGUCUGUGGAUGCAGGACAAGCCUCUGCUGCAGGAGGAACUCUCCAGGAAGAUCUCCACCCUGAUCCACAGCUUCACCUCCACCCAGCAGCGUGAGUGCACACGCUCCUGUACUCGCCCACACGCUCCUAUGAUGAUGAUGAUGAUGGUGGUGUGUCCUGCAGAGCUGUCGUACCUGCGGAGCUUCCUGCAGACGAUGAAGCGGGAGUGGACCGGCAUCGACCGGCUGAGGAUGGACAAGUUCUUCCAGGGUUACCCUUCGUACCCUGGUUCUCUGAGUGUCCCCUUCUUUCCGCAGACAGUCGGAGCGACAGACUGGGAGCCGUUUCAGAUCGACGGCAGGUUUUUCCUCGCCGUCGCCAACAGUCAGAAGAUCCCUGAUCGUGGCACGAGUGUCUACAGCAUCAACUCCACCGUGUACGAACUGAACGCGCUCACACAGACCUUCAUCCGCUUCCAGGACAUCCUCACACACAGUGCGCUGGACUGGGAGUUUUUCACCAUCGGAGAUGAAAAGUUCCUGGUGGUGGCGAACUCUCACGACGGCGGCUCGUACUCUUUGAACAGCGUUGUCUACAGGUGGCAGGGUUACGAGGGCUUCGUUCCUGUCCACAGCCUGCCCACGUUCGGCUGCAGAGACUGGGAGGACUUCAGCACGGACGAAGGCUCCUUCCUCAUCUACUCCAGCGCCAAGUCCAGGCUCAGCAAGGUGUUCAAACUGAGGAACUACUGAGUGAAACCAUCCUGGAGAGACUCCUCUGAGCUCAUGUGAUCAUUCAGUGGACUCAACUUCCUGUGAGCUGAAUCCUGAGUUCGUCCCGAGGAGAACAUCAUUUAAAUCCAGCGAUGAAAACCCCAAAGAUUAAAGAUCCAAAAUGCUGUUUGGACAUCGAGUCACAUUAAGCUCUGCUGACGAGGACAGUGCCUCUCUGACCCUGUAUGAGCCAUAAACCUCAGAAAUGAAUCAUCAGAUGACUCAAAAAUGAAAGUUGUCCAGUUUUAAGUCAGCUGAUUACACUCAGAGAACCUCCCGUUUCCCUGAAUCAUGGACGUGAACAUAUCACUGAGACAAUGAAACUUAAAAACAGACAGGUCUCAGCCUUCUUCAGAUUUUCCACCAAGUGCUCAAUAAGCACUCUAAACAAAAGAGCAUCAUUCACCCGGAUACACGAAUAUCUCCUCCUAAAGGAAAACACCAACGCUGAGAGAUCUCGGAGCGCUUACUGAAAAACCUCCAGUGACUCCUGCAGCUGAGACACAUCUCAGCACCGUGUCGUCUGCAUAAAGGCGCCUUUAACCGGAAACAUGUUCUCGCAAUGUUAUUUAUACAAAAACAUAUAUACAAAAAUGAAACGAGGCCUGAGAUGGGACCCUGCGGGUUCCCUCAGAGACUCUGAGGGAACCCGUUUCAUGUCACUGGGUUCAGUCGAUCAUCAAACAGAGCAGCACGCCGCUGCUUCCUGUCCCGCCCGUCUGCGUCUCUGGUCUGUCGGUGGACAGACGUCAGAGACAGUUAUCGUAGGAGGUGGAGGUGUCCGUCCCAUCAGCUCUCCACAUGUUCAAGUGUUUUUCUCUGCUUUGUUCAGCAGUUUGUUUUUACACUUGUGUUUCAUUCAGUCGUCACGUUUCAUUAAAUAUGAUGUUUUCUGACACUCUGGGCAUUUUUUACUCUAUUUAUUACAAUUGUUCAUAUUUGUGGAUAUUUUUUUCUGACAGUUUUUUCACUGAAAAUAUUUUGCAUGUUUGUGUUUUGAAAUGUUAUUUCCAGUUAUUUAUGUUUUAGCUCAUUUGCUGAUUGAUGUAUAAAUUACACAUUGAAUAAAUUCUUUUAAAAAGCUGAAUAUUUUAAUUUAUAUGAAGGUGAGAAGCUCGACGCAGAGACGGAUAUUUCCUCUUUAUCUGCUGAGCUGAAAUGCCAGCUUAAAGGGUCAUUCCGCUUCAUUUCAGCUAGCUGUGUUUCCCUUUACCUGGACCUGCUUCGUUUUUCUUCCAUAUUUCCAGUCAUGCGUUUCCUGUUCCUGUGGGAGAUGUUCUGAUUAAACAUGACCCAAGUUUGUAAUAAUAACCUCGUUGUAUGUACAAUAAUCCUGUGAGCCCAGAGCUCGGGCUGCUGGAAACACGGGAUGGAUCUGGAUGAUAUAAUAGAAAGGAGGAAGACCCCUGCUGUUCAAACCUAAAGGAGAAGCUAAAUCAGCCAGUUUACGACGGACGAUGAAGUGAGGGGUUGACCCUGCGCUGAGGCCAGAAUCAGAGAUAGAAGGAUUAUUCUGAGAAUCAAAAACCAGGACCAAUCGUCACUUCUACUGCAAUAGAGUACAAGUAAAGUACUUUAGUUUUUGUUGUCUUCCAAGUUUUAGUUACUUAAAUUAAGCUUGUUUAUACAGAUCGGGAUGGCCAGCAGUAGAUAGGUGAUUAAAACCAUCAACAGCUGCAGCAUUAAAGUGAUAUGCACAUCAAUAAAUCAACAAUAUCAUCAUUCAUAUAUGUAUGUGAUGUUCAUAUAAAUGAUGAAACCAGUUUCUGUGACGAGCUCAGAAGAUAACAGGAAACUCCGUCACGCGUGAUUUAUUCUGCAUUGGGACGGUCUCACAGGUUCAAAGGUCACAGAGGUUAAGCACAAGUUUAUGUUUACAUGUUUUGUCUGUGUUGCUGUUUUAGUACUUUUUCUUUUUAAUAUACAGUAUUUAAAUAUCAAUCUUCAGUCGACAGUUUUCGAGUCUUGCCGACGCUUCCUGUUGUUGUCAGUGUCUUCUGUUCAUGCAUGUGUCAGCGUGCUGCUGCCUCCUGGUGGUUCGUCCCUGUAUUCGACCUGCAGGAUUCGUCUCCGUGAGACCUGCAGCUCCUCUGUCUCUGCUCAACAGACUAACGUGGAAACGUCUGUGAGCGCUUUCUGAAAGUGAACUUUGACAUUUCUGUCCUGUCAUCACAUGAAACACCACAGCUCAGCUCCUCAGAUGCAGCUCAAAUGUCCACCUAAAAAGUUUUACUCUAUGUGCUGUGUAGCCCGUAUGAA